GGGGAAAGCGAACGUCACCUGUCACAACUCAUCCCAUUAGAAUUCGGUGUUUUUAAUGAUUUCCGUGUCAAAUAAAGCGAAAUUAAUGCUAUCGAAGCCUAGUUGAGGCGGUGUUGUAGCAGAAUCGGCGAAAAUGGCCCGCGAUUACGACCAUUUAUUCAAGCUGUUGAUAAUCGGCGAUAGUGGCGUGGGCAAGAGUUCGUUGUUGUUGCGCUUCGCCGAUAACACGUUUUCGGGCAGUUACAUAACGACGAUCGGUGUGGAUUUCAAGAUCAAGACUGUGAGUCUGGACGGGCAGAAGGUGAAGCUCCAGAUCUGGGAUACGGCGGGACAGGAGCGCUUUCGCACGAUCACGAGCACCUACUACAGGGGCACGCAUGGCGUGAUCGUGGUGUACGACGUUACGAACGGGGAGUCGUUCGCUAACGUCAAGAGAUGGCUGCAUGAAAUCGAGCAAAAUUGUGAUGUAGUUAAUAGAGUUUUAGUGGGUAAUAAGAACGAUACGCCGGACAGGAAGGUGGUGUUGACUGAAGAUGCGCAACGUUUCGCCGACACGAUGAACAUUCAACUGUUUGAAACCUCAGCCAAAGACAAUGUGAAUGUGGAGGAGAUGUUCAUGGCGAUUACGAGACUGGUGCUCCGGUCGAAGCAGGAGAUGAAAGAGCGGCAGAACAUCACGCAGAACGAGACGGUGAACCUGAGGAAGAGCAACAAACAGGGGAAGAAAAAGUGCUGUUAGUUGGCAGAGGGUGUUCAAGGCAUGUUGUUCGUUCCUAAGGUGCUUCCUUAAAGCCACACUCCGGCUGAAUACCCUGUAUAUAAUGUAUAAUAUAAACAAGAAUUGUAUUUAUUU